CCACUUACAUCCGGGACCUCGCGAAGCCGUAAAAGCACGUCGAUAGAACAAAGCUACACAAGGCAAGGACAGGGAGAGAACAAGGGAAUCGAGGAUCCCAAUCGUCUCGCAUUCACUGCCGCCAUAUCGAUUCUUGAUCGUAGUAUUAACACCUUCGAUGGUACGCCGAUUGAUGCUUUGGUUGAGAAAGAAAUCAGGCCCUGACCAUCACAGCAACUUGCCAUUUAAUUAGAGCACCGCGUGCCCGAGAGGAGGUUAGAAAAUCCGAGAGGGUUAGUGCCAUGAGAAUUUCCUCAAAGCAACGACAACAAAAAACGAAAAGCCAUGGCCCUGCAGAACGCGCCACACGAAGCUCAUCUACCCCGAGAAGUCUGCGACGAUCUGAUCUAAGUGUGAGGAGAACAGAAACGAAAAAAUUAAAACGGGAUAUUGCCGAUUUCAAAAGACAAUCAAAGGGGCUCAAGAGAAACACUAAAUUCUCCGUGGCCGGGCGACGUAUGCGGGACGACGCGAUUAGAAGUAAAGAUACUAUGCUGUCAGAUGAUAUUGGCGGACAAGACUUGUCCUACAACGAAGAUCGUUUGCCCGAGGACAGGAUAAGCGAAUCGGGAAAAUUAAGGUAUUCCGGGGAAAAUGGAUUUACGGAAAGGCUGCUGGGCCAGAAAGAGGCCGAAGUCGCUUCAUCGUGCGACGUAGGCGCGAAAAACCUGUCCUCAGAUAGGCAUGAGGGAGACACGGGGAAAGCAAGCCGUGACGUCAGUUUAUUGUCUGAUUCGGAGGGGGAGUGCACUUUAGAAAAUCAAGACUACUGUGGCUUUGAAAAACUUGCGGCUACUGUGGCUUUAGAAAACGAUUUGGCAAAAGGCAAACGAAAGAGAAAACGAAAACGCUUUGUUCCAAAAAAGAAACCGAAAUUGGCAAUUGGUUUCCAAGGUCAAUUAUUGGAAAAUGUAGUGCAGCACAAUGCGGAAGGAGAUUUGCAGAAUUUAAGUAUGCUUGGUAAGUAUGCUAAAUCGAAGCGAAAUCGAGACCAAGGAGAUCGAGCUGGUAUGUCAAUUGUUAAGGAGCUACAGACAUCCACCGGGUUUGUGGAUAAAGUUGAUUUAGGCAUACCACCCGAGGAAAUGGUGCCGAUGAAACGUACACCAAGGAUGGCAAGUCUUAAUGCUAUUGCAAAAGUUAAUGCUGUUCUUGAGUCGUACAGCCCGAUGGCAGGUAAAACACUGAACCAAAUUAGAGAAAAAGCCCAAACAAGGAAAGCGGAUUACGGCACAAGGCCAAAAGAAGACAAAAGGCGAAAGAGAAGCACUUCUAGUGUGACCCAAACUGAUGACAUUCUGUUCUUCUCCUCAAUGAAAGGAGAUAAUAAUGAAUGGAUGUUGUCCGGUCCUAGUGACGUAUUCAAACAAUCUGCAGUAUUUUACGAUAAUCAGCCUAUUAGUGACAGUAGAGUUUCGUCAACAAGUAAUUGGACUUCUGAAGACGAGAGCACAAUGACCAAGGACAAAGCAGUGCAAACUAUGGUCAAUCACAAAGCCGUCCAAACAGAUAUUUUGUUACUUGAAGAUGUUACGAUUGCUAAUAGUCCUUCGAGUUGCACUUGUGGUUACUUGGAAAAUAUUUCUUUCAGAGAAAACGGGGUUUCAAACCAGGGCACAAUUAUGCAAGAAGGCUGGAAAGGUUCGGAUACCCCAGUGACUGUCUAUCGUACUCCACCAACUAUCUCAACAAAUACUUUGAAUGUUCCUCUUUGCAGCUCCAUAAGUACAAAAACAACAACACACACUAUUGCAAUCCCAUUUACAAAAACGCAUUUACUGGCACACACAGACAUGUGUGAAUUUCAGGCUUUUGCAAACCAGCCCAUAAACCCUCCUAGUAGCAAAAGAAUGGCUAGUCUGAACGCUAUUGCGAUGAUGAAUGCCAUGAAAGUUCUAGACAGACCUUUGUUUAAUUAUUCUGCUGGCCAGGCCUCAAGGACGCAUGACAUAGCAAAGUUUGAAAAACACAAUUCCAGCGGUAUAAGAGUUCCAAAGAUUAGUUUCCAGGCCACCUCCACGUCUCGUUUCAGUGUCGGCAGCAAGGGUAAAGUUAUGAACCCUAUUAAAGCUGCUCAAAUGAAAAGCUUAACAAAUCAACUUGAAAAUAUUAUUGAAGGAAAGAGGCAAGCCAUGCGGCAAGGCAACAAGAUAAUUAAUGGAUGGGUGUUCGAAGGUGAGCCCGUGGAAAAGCCUGUUGCGUUUGAGGAUCGCAUUGUUAUUCGGAGGUACUAUCCUUGUAUGCGACGCAAUGAAGAGGUUAUAAACGUGCGCGAUGCAGUUCUUCUGAAAUCAGGGCCAAGGAAAAAGGACCUGCCAUUUGUUGCAAGGGUUGCUGCUAUAUGGGAACAAGAUGAAGGUGACUUAGCUGGUGAUAUGAUGAUAUCUGUUUUUUGGUACUAUCGCCCAGAACAAACUGAAGUCGGCAAGUUACAAGGUUAUCAUGGAGAGUUGGAAGUCCUUGCAUCUCGCCAUCGUGAUGAUAAUAGUGCUGCUUGUGUUGUUGACAAAUGCUAUGUACUCAGCUACCCUCAGUACUGCAGAUUUAGAGCCAAGAAUAAGCUAUACAGGGAAUCAAGAAGUGCACCCUUAUCUCCGGUGCCUCCUACCGAGUCAACUCGUCCUGGAAUUACACCCCUUGCAAAUACAGACCCAAACUUAGUUUUCUUUUGCCGUCACGCGUACGACUCUCGAACUGGAAAGAUUCUCAAGAAUCCAUUCUAUUGAGGACGCACAUCACUUCUUCCAACGUGUAUGUCGUAUUUCUGAAAUCAACAUCGCAAACCUCCUUCUGCUGGCCAUGGAGCGAGUUGCUAUUGCCAAAAAAUUUUAUUAAGGCAUUCGAGUUGUCUCUAUUCUGAUGCCUGUAGUAUGAUCAUGCUUGCGUCAACUGCUAUUCAAAUACGAGUAAUCAUUGCAUUUACGUUAGCCACCAAAACACCAUAGUGGUUUUUUGAAAUGAUUGCUUCAGCGGGUUUGACGCAUACAAUAAUUUAUAGUAACAUGAUAACAAAAAACGUAAGCGCAAUGAAUUCAAGUAUAAUCUCUCAGGAGAAUAAUAUCAACUGCAGAUUAAAAGGAGCAUUCCCCCCUGCAUUAAAUCCGGCAGGUUUGAUAGUGUCCUGGUCCAAAGGGCCAAUCAUUAGAAGGUAUGUGAAGGCUUUGGGGGGUAAGGAAUGACCUUUCGCCGUCUCCAAAUUCCUAUGAGCCUGUGUCCUGCUUUCAAAUAAGGGUAAAUAAUCAACUUUGUAGCAAAUGCUGGUUCCACUCAUUCCCACCAUUGAGCAUUCGCCACGAGUUUCCAGUCUCAAAUAGCGCUGCUUCAUUAUGAUUUAUCAUUUUUGACGUACUUAACGAUUUAGAUUUGAAUCAUCAGUGAACCAAUCCUUAACUUGAUAAGAAAUUUUAGUUAUCUCAUUUCUCUCUGUAAUUGAUUAAAUUAUCGUCUAGGUAAGAUUUCCUAUUUGUAGACUCGUGUAUGCUUUCAUAUAGGUUGGGUUUCAUGUGUAGUGGGUAUCUGUGAUUAGCUUCAUGUGUAGUGGGAAAUGCUGUCAUGCGCAUAAUUGUAAUGUGUAUCCAUUAUAGGAUUAUAAAGAUUCUCUGUAGAGUAGAUAGGUAGUAUUUACAUUAGUCUAUUUGCAUUACUAGCAAUAUGAUAGUGUAGAGCAGAAUAGGUGUGAAUAUUUGUAGGCGAGUAAAAUUGUCACUAGGGUUUCUUUAAGGUGAUUUAAAGACGUUGUCACUUUUUCUGCGUCAUUAAAAAUACCCAGCUUCCGCUAAGAAUACUUUGUCUGUGUCACUUGGUUCUUUUUAACUGUCAUUUACCUCGGCUGGUGCUGUAUGUGGCUCAUAGUAAAAACUUUAGGCAACUGUAGAACCCGUAAGUUCUCAAUAAACAUGGAUUUGGUCAAUCUAUUGGAAUUUCGAUUACCAAUAUCACGAGCAAUGGAAAACGUUUACAAAUUGAGAGCAAUGGGAAAAUUUAUCAGUGAAAUGUUGGUGAAAUCAUUUAUUGACAUGUUAUAUUUUGCGUUGAUUAAUGUUUCAAAGUAAAACAUUCUGCCUCAGAUUUUCUUGGUGACCCCUAAUAGACAAAAUAUUGAGGGCCCUUAUUUGUAAGCCCAUGAAGGUUACAGCAAUCGCGGUUAUUUUUAUCAAAUACCGUAUUUCCUUUUAA